UAUCUUUGAAAAACUUUCCAGAUGUCAUGGAGAAGAAGAGAAGGCAACUGACUCCUGAGCAAGAUGCCCUCGGGCACAUAGUUGCUUGUAAAGACAAACCCUUCCUGGAGGAAAGGUUUAUAGACUCUUCUAAAGGGAGAGGAGUGUUCACCCACAAAGCCAUUAAACCAUCCAUGUUUGUUGUUGAAUAUCGGGGGAAUAUCGUUUCUCACAAAGACACAUCGUCUAGGAAGAAAUGUGGUGAUACUCUGAACAAUUUUUUGUUUGAGUUUUCAUGGAAAGGAGCACACUGGUGUGUUGAUGCUUCGAAAGAUGAUAGGACCCUUGGGAGACUCGUGAAUGACGAUCACAUAAGUCCCAACUGUGAAAUGAAGAAAGUUGUGUAUGAGGGAAAACCACACUUGUGCCUGUUUGCAGUGAAAGAAAUAUCUCCAGGCGAGGAGAUAACUUACAACUAUGGGGACUCCUCUUACCCGUGGCGCUCAACGGACUCCUAUGAUGGAUCGAGUACCUCAAACACAGGCUUUAAUGCUACUUCAUCAACACCAAGGACUGAAGGGGACUCAGCAGGUUCCAGCUUUGAAAAGUCUGAUGAUGACGAACUACCUGACAGUGGACCAAGUCAGGAUAAGGACAGUUUUGCCAACACUAACAGUCAGCUGGAGGACGAGGCUGCUUUCAGUCCCGAUGAACUCAACUCGGAUGAAGAAUAUGAGCCCAGCAGGCCUGUACGAAAGCCCAUGGACUCUUCCUACACCUGUAAAAAUUACUGUUAUGUUUGCGGGGCAGGUUUCACUAAAAUCGCUCGACAUCUUUUAAGGCAUGCUAAUGAAGAGCCUGAAAUUGCUGAAGCUUUUGCAUUUCCCAAACUCUCCAAGGAACGAAAAAGAUUACUUGAUGUAUUACGGAACAGGGGAAAUUACAAACAUAAUCAAGAGGUGAUGAAGAAUAAAAGUGGACCAUUAAAACUAAGAAGACGACCAACAAGCACCGCCAGUGCUAAAACAUACGUGCAUUGUCUAUAUUGUAAAGGCAUGUUCAAACGUAAGGAGAUGUGGAGGCAUGUAGCUAGAUGUCAAUCAAAGACGACAUCAAACUCUGCAACUGGUGACAAGACAAGAGUCUUAAGUGAGAUGGCUCUUGCAGAUUCACCAUUCUCCCACAAACUCCCUUCUGGUGUGUGGAAGAUGCUGCUAACAAUGAAUCAAGAUGAGAUUGCAUUUGCAGUUCAAAAUGAUUUCCUUAUAAUACAGCUGGCACAGUAUCUGUGCGAGAAGUAUAGAAAUAAUCCAAAUAAACAUGAUUACAUCAGACAGAAGCUGCGAGAAAUGGGAAGACUUUUGUUAGCGCUGCAUAAAAAGUCAGUAUUUAGCUUCGAAGAUGCUAUCAAACCCAGAAACUUCUACAAAGUUGUUGAGGCUGUCAAAGACAUUGCUGGUUUCAAUGAAAAGCUGCAGGGCUACAACAAACCAAGUCUUGCUUUGAAAUUGGGACAUUCACUCAAAAAGAUAGGUACCAUUGUCCUCUCUAAACAUGAUGGCAAUGAGCAGAUGAUGAGCGACGCAAAGACAUUCAUGAAAUUGUGUGCAAAGGAAUGGAGUGAGCUUGUCUCCCACACAGCUCUCGCUUCGUUGAGUGGACAAAAAGUAAACAACCCGUCUACCAUACCGUUCACACGUGACGUGCAGGUCUUCUACAAGUACCUGGAAACAACAUCGGCUUCUGCCACUGAAAACUUGACAGUGAGUGAGAGCCCACAGGUCUACGGUGCACUUUGCAGAGUGAUACUUGCACAAGCGUCAGUCUUAAACAAAUGUGCCCCUGAAGUUUCGAAAAUGACACUGAAGACAUUCCAGGAGAGGGAUGACGCUACCCGAGUGUUGUCCAAGCACUUCAUCAGAAUCAAUAUCGAGAAAAUGACUGGCCAAAACGUUCCUGUCUUGUUGACCUCUGACCUUGUCAGUGCAUUAACACUGCUCAUGAGCAAGAGGAAAACAUGUGGUGUACAUCAAGACAAUCCUUACUUGUUUGCAAAGCCUGACGCUUCUGCUACAAGCCACUUCCACGGAAGGAUCUGCAUCAGGGCUAUAUCCAGGCUAUGUCGCGCAAAGAACCCAGAACAUCUCCGGUCGGUGCAUCUUCACAAGCACAUUGCAAGAGUCUUCCAGAUUCUCAACCUGGAGAACGAUGAGCUCAAUCACCUUGCUAAACUACUGGGCCAUGACAUCCGGGCUGACAGGGACUAUUAUCGGUUGCCAGAAGCAGCUGUGGAUCUUGCAAAAAUAGCUAAACUUCUUUUGGCAAUGGAAAAGGGUUCUCUUGAAAGAUUCAAAGGAAACUCUUUGGAGGAAAUUGAGAUUGAAGAUGAAUUGGAGCCAGAUGUGGAGCAGGGCAACCCUGAAAACAGUGACGCUGAGGAGGAAAAUGAAGAAUCAGAUCUUUCAUGUCAGCAGAGUGAUGCUGUGGAACAAGAAGGCACACAACUGACUCCUGAGCAAGAUGCCCUGGAGCACAUAAAGGUUUGCAGAGACAAAGGCUUCCUGGAAGAAAGGUUCAUUGACCCCAUAAAAGGGAGAGGUGUGUUUACCCAUCAACCCAUUGAACCGUCCACCUUUGUCGUUGAGUAUCGUGGGAUAAUCUCUGCCAUCUCUCACAAAGAAACCAGGAGAAAGAAAUGUGGUGAUUCUCUGAAAAAUUACUUGUUUGACUUCUCAUGGAUUGGAACAAACUGGCGCGUUGAUGCUUCGAAAGAGGAUGGGACCCUCGGAAGACUCGUGAAUGACGAUCACAUAAGUCCCAACUGUGAAAUGAGGACAGUUGUUUUAAGGGAAAGCCACACUUGUGCCUGUUUGCAGUGAAAGAAAUAUCUCCAGGCGAGGAGAUAACUUACAACUAUGGGGAAUCCUCUUACCCGUGGCGCUCAACGGCUGAGGACUCUGCUGGAUCCUCCACUUCUGCAGAAUCCUGCUCUGAUGACGAUUAUGUACCUGAAGGUGAACCAAGUAGCGAUGAUGGAUCUAAAAACAACAACCCAGAUCCAGAUUCUUCUGAACAGCAGAGCUUU